AAAUGCUUGAUGCGCAGCAUUUCCGGUUGUAUGCUCACAGGUUGGGGCUCAGACUGCAUUUUAUCUGCCUGAGAAGAGCACACAUUGACGCCUCUCCUCUGCAGAACUGAUUCGAAUCACUCAUUUGUCUACUGCGAGGUGCGCUUCUUGGUGCUGCAAGCGUCGCAAAUCAGGCGCUCCUUGCUUGAAUGAAUGUUGAGCGCUAAGCGCACACCGCCCUUGAUCGUCAUUGGGUCUUGCAGGACAUCUCCACGCUCGGCCUUUUGCUCAACGGGGAGAAGAUGAAAGGCUCCUUUGCGAUUCUCACACAUGGCGACGUUCUUCAAAUCCCUGGAUGCCAGAGCUUUACAUAUGUGCACCUCGUCAAAGAGGAUCAGCUUGCUGCCAAGGAGAGCGUCGAGCUCAAGCGUUGGCGUAUCUCGAGCAGGGUCUUGGGGACCGGGAGUUACGCAUUGGUCUUACUCGCUUCGGACAGCAAGACAGGUUAUCAAGUGGCAUGCAAGAGGCAGCCCAAGUCAUUGUUAGUCAACGAAGAAGACCGUAAGAAUCUGCGCAGGGAAUACAAGCUGCUCAAGAGGUUGACGCAUCCCAACAUCAACAAACUUAUCGACUGGACACAAGACGAGCAGCACGUGUACUUUCUCAUGAACCUUGUUUGUGCUGGCGACCUCUUCAACUACGUGUGUGGCAACCACGGCCGCUUGACGGACUCGGAGGCAAAGUUCAUCUUCUACCAGCUCGCCAAGGCCGUCCAGUACCUGCACGCGAAAGGCAUAGCCCACCGAGACAUCAAGCCAGAGAAUGUCCUACUGCUCAACUAUGGUCGUUUCCCGCGCAUCCAGCUGGGCGACUUUGGGCUCGCGACGGGCUUCCAACUUGUCGGUAACCAACCACCUCGCUCGAGCAGCCUCUGCGGGACGCUCGUCUACCUCUCCAGCGAAGCUCUGAGAGUCAAGGUCACAGGGGAGGAGUACGACCCGCGCGGGUUGGACCUGUGGGCCAUGGGCGCAACGCUGCACCUGACGUUGAGCGGAUCGCACCCUUUCGAUCACGGCGAUCAUAUCAACCUUGAGCAUCUGCAGUUCCAAAUCCAGCAGCACCUGCUCGAGAGCGGCGUCAUCGAUCGAAGGUGGAUUCGCCAGCAUGGCCUCGAAGAAGACGAGGAGCUGAUCAUGCUCGAUGGCUCCGUCGCUGACAUGGAGUAUGCCGCCAAGGCGAAGCAGGAUCUCGUCAACCGCAUCAUGGGCGCCGUGUACACAGAGAUCGACGACUAUGUCAACCAAGAUGCCAAGAAACUUGUUGCCGCGUUGCUCCAUCCCGAGCCAGCCAGACGCCUUCGCGCUUCGCAGAUCAUGAGCUCUGCCUGGAUCCAAAGCAGUGCCACGGAGCUGGGCAACAUGUAUGAGGCGCGCGUGCUCAGCAAGUUCGAGCAAGAGAGGAGAGCCAUGGAAUAGAUGCUGAAGAGGGAUGCAAUGAAAUCCGGAAGAGAUUCUAGUCCGCGACGUGGAAUACAGCGAGGUGAUGUACUCUCUAUGCACCGCCGCUGACAGUAGAUGAAGCCAAUAUGUCAGCAUUGCCCAUCGAAUAAAAAGGAAGAGAGUUGAGAAGGCACCCACACUAACUGCGAC